GAGAGCAUCAGACAUUUUCUUGCUCCACAGGGCUACCACAUCUAAGCCCUGCCAAGCCACGGCAACGGAACGGGGGCAAGGCAGGGCAUGCAGAGGCAAAGGCAAGCAACAGCAGCUUGGUUAACCGACCCAACACAAAAGCCACUGCAUGCCUCGGAUCCGUCUCUCUCAAUCCUCGGCUCUCAUCAUCUCCUCCCAUGCAAUGGCAACGCCUUCACCCAAGUAAAGAAAAGAAUUAUUGGCCAAUUAGCUAGCUUAACCCAAUGCAAUGCAAAAGCGAGCCCUCCUCUCCUCACCUACCUUACCUAGCUGAAUUUCCUUAAGCCUUCCUCAUCAGUCAUCACCUUCCGUGUGCCUAUAAAUACUCAUCACCCUCCUACCAUCCUCCCUCCCCCUUCCCUCCUCCUCUCACUCCAUCACACCCACCACCUGCCCUACCUUCAACCUUAAUUACAAUCGAUCUCACAACAAUGGCAUUAUUCGCAUUGUCGUCUCUGAAACCAACAAGCAGGCUUGUCAUCAUCUGUGCCCUCCUCUGCAUCUUCCUGCUGUCUUCAGAGGUGAGCUUGGUGCGGCAGGCCACAGCACUGGGCAUCAACUACGGGCAGGUCGGGAACAACCUGCCGGCGCCGCCGCAGGUGGUGCAGCUCCUCUCGUCGCUGCGCAUCGGCAAGGUCCGCAUCUACGACGUGAACCCGCAGGUGCUGACGGCGUUCGCGGGCACGGGCAUCGAGCUGAUCGUGACGGUCCCGGACGACCUGGUCCCCGGCAUGGCCGGGAGCGCGUCGCAGGCGCUGCAGUGGCUGAGCGCCAGCGUGCGGCCCUACUUCCCGGCGGCGCGCGUGACGGGGAUCGCCGUCGGCAACGAGGUGUUCACGGGCGACGACGAGCAGCUCAAGGCCAGCCUUGUCCCCGCCAUGCGCAACCUGCACGCGGCGCUGGCGCAGCUGGGCAUGGACGCGUACGUGCGCGUGUCCACCGCCAACUCCCUCGCCGUGCUCGCCACCUCCUACCCGCCGUCGCAGGGCGUCUUCACGCAGGCCGCCGCGCCAUACAUGGCGCAGCUCCUGCGGUUCCUCGCCGAGACCAGCGCACCCUUCUGGAUCAAUGCUUACCCCUACUUUGCCUACAAGGACGACCCAACAAAGGUGUCGCUUGACUACGCGCUUUCGAACCCGUCGCACGUGGGCGCGGUGGAUCCGUUCACGAAGCUGCAGUACACGAGCAUGCUGUACGCGCAGGUGGACGCGGUGACCUUCGCGGCGGCGCGGCUGGGCUACGGCAACGUGCCGGUGCACGUGUCGGAGACGGGGUGGCCGUCGAAGGGCGACGCCGACGAGGCCGGCGCCACCGUGGAGAACGCGCGGCAGUACAACCGGAACCUGCUGAUGCGGCAGGUGAGCGGCGAGGGCACGCCGCUGCGGCCCAGGCUCCGGCUCGAGGUCUACCUCUUCGCGCUCUUCAACGAGGACAUGAAACCGGGGCCGACGUCGGAGAGGAACUACGGACUGUACCAGCCGGACAUGAGCAUGGUCUACAACGUCGGACUCUCGCAGCUCUCCACCACCAACGCCGCCUCGCUCUCCCUCGCCACGUCGCCGGCAGCCAGGACCACGGAUGUUAGGAAGGACUUUGCCGGCCUAUCUGUUGCCGUAUCUGUGGCCAUCCUGCUUAUCACCCAAGCUUUGCUCCUCUGAUCGCAAAAGAGCACCCAAUGGCAGAGGCAACUGCAAGGCCAGCAGCAAAAUGGCCUGGCUUUUGUGGACCAAAAGCAUCCAAGUAACCAAAGGGGAGAUGCACCAUUCCAAGGGGAAAAGCUAGGAGAGGCGACGAUGUGGAAGGCACUAUCUUGAGGACAGAAACACCGUGUAAAUGCGAGGCAGGCACGACGGCGAGGCCAUUUUAUUCCUUGGUUACUUGCAGAGGAGAACGAACGAGAGAACUAGUUUGUUCAUCUGAGAUUUAUGCGAAGACGAGACGGCGAUGCAUGGAGAGAGGGAGGGGUGGCUUUAUUCACUUUGCCGUGGUCUAGGCCUUUCCUAAUGCGAAUUUUAUCUGUAAAUAUCGAUUGGUUCAUUCAUUUAUUUUUAGCUCCAUUUAGCUGAUCAUUCUCCCCUGAUCCCAGGGUGAUUAUUGGUCGAAAUGAGAGGCCAAUGGCCCAGUGAAUGUAAAUAACUGAAGAAAAAAAAAAUGAGGCAGCUAUCGCAUCUUAUUGUAACCUGUUUAAAACUAUGAGAUUAUGGAAGUUAUUAUUUCUAUAGAAA